GUGACCCGAGUGGCGGGAGGAGCUUGUUUGCCAACCAUGCCCGGGCUGCACAAAACCGGGGGUCUCGUGGCGUCAGCAGCAGGCUCCUUCUGUCGGCUUUUUUUCUCGCAGAUAAGAAGCUGCUCAGCUCUUUCAGCCUCAUCAGUCAAACCAGUGAUCGCAUCCAAGGAACCUUUUCCAGUGGACUUAAUAAUAGAGAAACGCUAUGCCUGGUGUGCUUGUGGACAUAGCCAAAAGCAGCCCUUCUGUGAUGGAACCCAUAAGAAAAGUUCCCCAGAAAUCUCUCCCCUGAGAUUCACAGCUGAAAAAUCGAAAAAGGCCUGGUUAUGUGGGUGCAAAUAUACCAAGAAUCCUCCCUACUGUGAUGGCACCCAUAAAGAAGAUUUUGUGCAAAAGACUGACCUCCAUACUCAGCCACAGAUAUAAUGGGAGUCCGUUGUGGAAAUGGAAGAAGAGACAGAACUCAUCAGGAAAUCAGACUUGGGGGGUUAAUACUUCAAGACAUCCUACUGUGGAAACCUUAUUAAAGUGAAGGGGAGCUGGA